UCAGUUUUAUUACUUGCUGUCGCUUACCUCUGUCAUUUUAUGAAGCGUUGCCUGCUAAGUAGAGGGGAAAGGUCCAGGGUUUUUCGUUCUUUGAGGUGUGUUCCACACCUCCAUGGUAUGGAGUCGUGUUUUCUAGCGGAACAAAGCGGUGUGUUUUCUAGCUGGGCCGAGUCAAAGAUAAAGACUACAGGGAGAAGGGAACAACCGCAGAUGGCAGGAGGAGGACGACGACGUUAAAUUUUUUCCCCUUCAACAAGUUUAAGAUGGGCCCUAUUCCUUUCCUAUCUACCUUCUUUUUUUUUUUUGAGGCAACAAAAAAAAAAAAACAAAAAACCCCAUACUAUCUUUUUUUUUUUUUGGCCGAUAAAUCCGAGUGAGGGAAGAAUGUUGGGAGACACGAGAUGUUCACCAUAGCGCGUCUUUUUACUGUUCGAAGUGCAACGAUCACAUAUCUGCCCACCCCCCUCCUCUCAUCUCCUACACAUGCUCUUUUUCCUUCCAUGAAACUCCUUAGGAGCUCCUCGGCGAUGGGGCGGGCUGCUAGGUGGCUGAGGAGUUUUCUGGGAGGGAAGAAGGACACCAAGGGUCAAAAGGACGAUGCCAGCACCAGUGGCCACGACACCAGAGAUCGAAAGAGGUGGAGUUUUGCCGGACCCCAGCAAGCCGCAAGCAUGGGUCACAGCCCUGUUACAGCAGCGUGGUUGAGCACCUUCCACGACGACAGCGAGGAGGAGACCAAGCACGCCAUAGCGGUGGCGGUAGCCACUGCGGCCGCUGCCAACGCCGCGGUGACGGCGGCUCAGGCGGCGAUGGUGCGACUGAAGAGCCUUGGGACAGAAAGAACGACGCCCUAUGGCAUCUACGAACGGUGGGCUGCUGUCAAGAUUCAGACAGCCUUCAGAUGCUACUUGGCAAAGAAAGCUCUUCGAGCUCUCAAGGCGCUGGUGAAGCUGCAGGCUCUAGUCAGAGGCUACCUUGUGAGGAAGCAAGCAGCCAUAACCCUCCGCAGACUGCAAGCUCUUGUAAGAGCUCAGUCUGUAGCCAGGCCUCGAGAAGCUCGUGCUCUGCCCCAGCAAGGUCGAAGACUCGACGCACAAGUCUGCCAUCGCAGAUCCUUCGAAAGGUUUAAUGUCAGAGAUGCAAGGUGCAAGCCUACGGGAUCAGAAGAGAGCCAUGGCCUCGAUAGGAGUCCAAAGAUCGUGGAGAUGGAUACCUUCCAACUCAAGUCCAAGUCAUUCCGGAGGACAGGUUCUUCUAGUUUUAAUGCACUCGAGGAACCCACGGUGCCACUUUCUUCUCCACUCGCACACAAGAUCCCGUCUCGUCUCUCCAUCCCCAGCUGCCGGAGUUCUCGAGACUACCACUAUUACCGAAACCCUGAAAGAUCUCCCUGCUCCAAGACAGCACAAAAUACUCCUCGCCUCAACCCACAAACUCCACCGAGGUACAUGAACAUAACCGCAGAUGUGGUUGUAUGGCACACUCCGAGCCCCGCGAACUCUCCGAACUACAUGGCAAACACAUCGUCCUCUGCGGCAAAGUUGAGGCCUCAGAGCACGCCGAAGCAGAGACCAGAGAAAGCCAACCGCAGGAAGAAGUUGUACGCAAACGAGACCGUGCCGGGGACUAGUCUGAGCGACACCUGGUCUCCCUUACAAGAACACGAAGCUUAUUGCAAUUUGAAAUAUGGGAUGGUGGGAAGGAUUAAUAGGACUGCCAAGAUGGUGAAGGAGGCAGCCAGGGAUUACUACUUGGAUAGCAUGUGGUGAAUCAGUAGUGAAAGCAAACUGGUUUGGGAGAGGUUCUCUUGGAAUUGUAAGAACCUCUGAACUAUUCCUUGCUACUGAAUUGUGAGUGUCGAGGAAGGGAUCUGUAGAUUCUCCUGGUCUGAUCUAAAUUUGCUGCAACCUUGGUUCUUAGCUUCCUUUAUGAAUCUAUAUCAACAUGCCAAUUUCA